GCACUUUGUAAUAUACCCAAAGUUCAAGUGAAUCUUCACUCGCAAGCCACACCAAAGUGUUCAAGACUUACUUUUGGUAUAAAUAUUCCUGUUCAUUCUGCUUGCCACACAGUAUACAACAAACACUUUUCAAGUGCUGUGUGUGGUGUGUCGCCUGAACAUUCUCGCCUUCAUUGUGUCAAGAGUGAUAUCCUUGCAACUGAAUAGCCAAUUACUUAGUGCGCUUCUAGAAAUAUCCUGCUUGUGUGGAAACAUAAAAGUUAAUAAUGAAAAUAAUUAUUAGUUUGUUGAUCACCUUGUUGCUCGAUGUCAUACUGGCGCGACCUCAGGGCCCCACCACCGAACCCAUUCCCAUAAUACGACAAGAGCAAGAGGUCAAUUUCGAUGGCUCGUACAAGUACUCGUACGAAACCGGCAACGGCAUACAAGCAGAUGAGGAGGGCUAUUUGAAGAAUGCGGGCUCCGACGCCGAAGGAACGUCAGCGCAAGGCUCUUUCUCGUACACCUCACCUGAAGGUGUGCCCAUACGCAUCACCUAUUUGGCCGAUGAGAAUGGUUUCCAACCGCAAGGCGAUCAUCUGCCCACUCCACCGCCAAUUCCACCAGCCAUACAGAAGGCGCUCGCAUACUUGGCCACCGCGCCACCUCCGCAGGACCAGACCAACUCAUUUGCGGGCAAUCGAAGGGGUUAAAGCGUGUGAGAGGGAGUAAUAAUAACAACAACAAAGCUGUGAAUUUACACUGCUGUAUGCAAAACCUAUGAUUAACACAACAUACACACAUACAUACGCGGGAGAAGACAACUGCACACACGUCUGUAGAAAUUUGAAGCCAUGAGAGAGCGCAGCGAAUAUAUGAGAGUGGUAAAUGAAAGCUAUUAUGCCUGUAUAAUGGAUGCUGCCGUGGGAUUUACUUUAUACGAAAAUACUCAUUUUACGAAAUAUACCUAAAUGUUUACUACAUAAUUAAAAAUAUCUAUUGUAAUAAAGUUUACACAGUCUAAAAA